AUGAAAGUUAAAACGCUGAUUUUAGAUCAACAUCUCGAAAAACUCGAAAUCGAGUUAGCUACUGAUGCAUACAUUGGUACGACGGAAGAGAAACUUGCCUUACUGCCACUUCUUUUACUUCGUGCACAAAUAUUCUGUGGUUGUCGUUCACUCUGCUUACCUCUGUUUCACUCAUCUGUACAAAUACUUGAACAGAUUCAGUGUCACACAAUUGUGUCAAUUUCUACACCAACAGGAUCUGGAAAGUCCACUCUCGUACCCGCUUUAUUGGCAGCCGAUGGCUACAAUCCUAUCUUUGUUACACAACCACGUCGUUUGGCGUGCUCGGCGAUAUCUGCUCGAGUGAACAAGAGUAUGGAUAACAAUAUUGCUUCCUGGGCCGUAUCCGGUGAACGUUCGAAAACGAAUAGUAAUACUCGAAUAACGUAUUUUACUGAUGGGCUAUUCAAAGAUAUUUUGCAAUUCUCAGAAGGCAAACUUCUGUUUGAAGCUGCUUGUAGUCCACGUGGUGUUGUGCUCUUCAUCGAUGAAGUACAUGAACGUUCUACCAACAUUGAUCUUUGCCUGGCUUUCUUAGCUCUCAUGCUUCGUAAUGAAUUGCACAACAAAGUUAAAAUUAUUUUGUCAAGCGCUACAAUUGAUCCGAAUAUCGAAAAAACAUUUAAAGAGCAUGACUACCACAAACUAAAUAUUCCCAAACAGAAGCCAUUGCACUCGGUCAUAACUCGCAGAAGCCUUGAUGAGAAUAUGUUUGACCUCAUAUUAAGGUUAAACAACGACUGCAAACGGAACGAACAGAUACUAUGCUUUGUCAAGUCUACAGGCGAAGUUAAUCGAUGUGUUGACCUUCUAAAAUUGAAGAGUCCCGGUCUUCAGGCAUACAAACUCAUAGAAUCUCAAUCAGAGCAAGAACAACAGCAAAUCAUUGCCGAACAACAGAUCUUCUUUUCUACCACAGUGGCUCAGACAUCACUGACUUUUCCCCGUCUCAAAUAUGUCAUCGAUACCGGUUUGAUCAAUGUACCUAUUUAUGAUCCAAAGACAGAUACCACAGUACUUACCGAACACUAUGCUUCAAAAAUGACCAUCCUACAACGAGUGGGUAGACUUGCACGAACAUGUGAUGGAGAAUAUCAUGCAUAUUAUGAAACGGUAAAUGAUAGACCUGUUUUUCCGAAACCUCAAAUAUGUCAGGCUAAUUUAACCGAUGUGGAAUUUUCUUUGAGAAAAUCUCCAUUCAAGGAUGGUCUUCAUUCUUUCAAACAAUAUCUACCUGAUGCACCCGAAAAGGAAUAUUUGGAUAGUGCUGUGCGACGAUUACAGCACUUGAAUAUUCUUGAUCACGCCGGAUCUUUCACUUCUGUUGGCAAUGCUAUUGCACAAUUGCCUGACUUUGGUAGUGUAACCAUGAGCACAUCGGUCUAUUAUGGUCUGACCAAAUUUAAUUGUGGCCAAGAUAUGAUUCGACUAGCAGCUUGUCUAAGUGUUAUGAACAAUGCUGGUAGUCUCCGUAUGAUUCCUGACAUAUUUAAGCGAUCAGAUGAAGGUGAUUUCAUGACCCUAUUAUCUGUCAUGAACCAUCUAAAAUCACAUCAGAAUGCAAUCGAUCAUCCAGAGUUUCUUCCUAUUGCACAUCAGUUUCGACGUGCAUUAGCUCGUUUGAAACAAUUUGAAAAUUUCUUCAAAAAAGCAUCGCCACAGCAGCGUAAAGCAUCAGAAAUAUCCACCGAUAAUUGGCCAAACGUUGCACGUUCGUUACUUGCUGGAUAUUGGGAGCAUGUGUAUGUAUGUAUGAAGGAACUCAAUGGAAGCGAGAAGCAGUACUGUCGUUACAAUGUCUCAGAUCAUAAUCAUACACAACAAAAACAGACAGCAGUGAUUGACUACGCAACAACAACUGAUCCUAAGCCAAGCAUUCGAACUGUGGUACUUGCCCGUGAUGUUUUCUGUGGAACUGAUAGACGGGGUUGGAUUCUCUCUUUUGUUGGUAUUAUUCAGUCAACUUGGUUAGACAAUGCGUUAGAACGAAAGUUUGAUGUUACAAGACCAGAGCAAGAACACUUUCUAGCGAACAUACGUCCCACAAACGAAUUUAAAACCAUUGCUCAAGGCGUUACCAACAUAUCUAUCUCUACUAACAACAUUAAACUAAUCGGUAACGCUGGAGAGGUGUUGGACACUGAAAGUUUUAUACGGCGGGAGCUUCAACGCUUGCACAAGUGGCAGUUAGUGGAAGACAACGAGUUAAAUAACAAUCCGACUUUGCAAAUGAAUGUCCGCAAUAUUCGAAAAAAUCUCCACUAUUUCCAUCCUCUAAUAUGGCGAUUUUCAAAUGAAAAGCAGAUUGCGGUGAAAUUGGAGAAGGAUGAUAAAAACUCAAUUACGAUCUCUGUCAAUAGUCGUGACAAAGACUAUGAAGAUAUCAAAGAUACCUUUGACAUGUUCGUAUGGUGGCUUCGUAAAUGUGUUGCUGUACGCAAUGAACAUUCUGGUGUAAUUCCGAAAUUUCUUAAGAAACGAGAUACAGCCAUCGAACAGAGAAUUGCUUGUGUUACCGAUUCGGAAAGAACGCUGGAUAAGCGAAUGAUGGCGAUGCGUGAUGGAACUAGAGAAUCUAGAAUGGAGGUCGUCGCUUGGGUUGCUGUGUGUCAAUUUCAAUGUCGACUUGAAGGUGGCUUUGUUCGUGACUGGAUAGUCGAUCAUCGUUCAGAACAUCCGACAUCGAUCGAACCAAAAAAUUGGGUAACAUUCAAUAAACAAACAGAAUUACCUGAACUUACACCAAAAUUAAUUCCUGCUGAUUUGGAUUUUCAUCUCCCAUUGAAGAAGUAUUUUGAUCUGGAACGUUUUCUUGAUGAAAUGCAUCGAUAUGGAUUUAAGGUGAUAGAAUUUCAAGAACCAUGGCGUUAUAUUCUUCUCUUUGAUCAAUACACAUCGACAGGGCCUUUUACAGCAGAGUUCAUUCAACCACAUGUUGGGAUCACACACGACCGUAUUGAUUUCAACGUUAACAAUUUAUAUGUGGAAUGUGACUAUACGAAACAAUUGGGUCAAAAGAUCGACCUUCAAGUUCCUCCAUAUUCCAUUGAUCUAGACAGUACUGUUGCUGACAUCAGAGCUCAUCAACUCAUCAUGCUUCGACCUGAAGACGCUCAUAUGAACGAACGAAUCAAGAAAAUGACUGCUCGUGGUUAUAGGUUGAAAGAAAGACGAUUUUCUUACAUGCCAAAUCCACUGGAAAAUAAAAAUAUGGUUCUAACACCAGUACCAGCAGCAUCAAAUGACUAUAAGAUGAUUAAGGAGCGAUUCAAAAAAAAACUUCCACAUGCUAUUAUCGAGUUAAUAGAACAAGUACAAAAUCCGAAUAUGCAGAGAUUGUAUGAAGCUCAGAAGACACAAAUCGAACAAAAUCAUCCACGAAGAGGUGCCAAUGAAAUGUUGCUCUAUCAUGGAACAAAGUCUGAUCAAGUUAAUAGCAUACUUGAAAAUGGUUUUGAUGACCGGUAUUUCAAGAAUGAUGGAUUAUUCGGACGUGGAGCAUAUUUCGCAGAUGACCCGUCAAAGUCACAUGAGUUUACAGAUAAAGAGGAAGUGCUUAAAGUUGUUCUUCUUACCAAAGUUUUAAUGGGCAAGAUGUUUGAGGUCGAUGGAAAUCUGGAACCAUCUACAAUACCAAUGAACAGUGCACAAAUUGGAUAUGAUUCAACAAAGGGAAAAGCCAAAACGACACAGCCUGAAUAUGUCGUGUAUAGGAGUGCUCAAGCUUUGCCUUACUAUAAAAUCACUUAUAUACAUCCAUGA